UUUUCCCUGUUAUGCUUAGAAAUAAGAUAAAACCUCUUAAAUGCAAUGCCUAUAAUGCCUUUAUCUGUUAAUGAUUCCCAUAACUGGUGUCCAUCGGUAAAAACCUGUUGGAAUUCUGUUGAUCUCCUGAAUCUGAAAAGCUUCCUUGAUCCACAGAUCUCCUGCUUUCUUGGAACUUUGCCUUUUAUGCAAAUGAAGCCCAAAGCAUCAUCCUUAAAUGUGUCAUACCAGGAAGUGAGUGCCGGCAUUCAGUUCUGCAGGGAGAGAGAGAGAGAGAGAUUGAUCCAGAGCUGUUCUAGUCAAACACUUCCCAAGUGGGAAGCAGAGCGUGUGGCUGGGAGCAUGGCGACCCUGGUGACCUCCAGAGGUCAAGCGCUCCAUCACUGAAGGGACACAGCAGCACCUCUCUCUCUCUCAUCCUCCGCUGGGUUGAGACAACCUUUCAAUGUCAUUGCUCCGGGUCUGUCACACAUCAGCAUCAGCGAACACAAGAUAAUUACAGGCCAGAUCUGAUCCGGUGAAUGACAUGGACCGGAAUGAGCUCUCUCCCGGUUCGGGUGUUGCCAUGGCGAAGAAAGCGGCCCAUAAGAGCGCGCCGGCGCACCACUGCACCAAGGGUUGCCUGGAGUCCAACUCGGAUGCGGCGGGAUCGAACCCGAAACCCAAUCACGUCGCCACGGAGGAGACCGACGACGCGGAGGAGGAAUCCAAGUUUCAGCAUCCUCGCCUGAGGAGAGCAGGAGGAGGGAGCAGCGUCCAGAUUAAGAGCUGCACACCGGGAGGAGGAGCGUCCAGGAGCUCCACUUCCACCGACGCGCGCCUGAGUGAUGCUGAAGCUGCUCCUGUUCCUGCGGGUCGCCACGACACAGUUAAGGGCGGAGGAGAAGAACGCAAGGCAUCUACUGUAGUGACCACUGUGACGGUAGAGGCUUGUAAUGCUGGCGAAGGCGACGGCAAUCCCUCAGCACCGCUUUCCAGCAUGAAAUGCAACAACAACGGGGAAUGCAGGCGGGACUCCGGCACCGGGAGCCUCCGGUCCAUCAUGUCCAAACCCGACGGGAGCAAGCGGACGGCGCGCAAUUCAACGGCCAGCGUGGACGCGGCCAGCACGCAGGGUCAGGACGCCUCGAACCCCGGCGUCCAGGAGAAGAAGGAUUCCAAAGUGUCCUUUUCCAACGCCCCCAGCAGGAAAGCCUCGUCCUCCGUCCACGGCGCGCAGCAGCAGCCCCGCAACUCGGUGACAUUCCUCAAAUCCGAGGAUGGAGCGCAGGAGGACGGCGAGACGCGGGGCAGCCAGGCGAGCUUCAUGCAGCGGCAGUUCAGCAGCAUGUUGCAGCCCGGGGUCAAUAAAUUCUCCCUGCGCAUGUACGGGAGCCAUAAAGGGGUGGAGAAGGAGCAGGAGCGCGUGAAAUCGGCCGGCAACUGGAUCAUUCACCCCUACAGCGACUUCAGGUUCUACUGGGAUUUCACCAUGCUUCUCUUCAUGGUGGGCAACCUGAUCAUUAUUCCCGUCGGCAUCACCUUCUUCAAAGAAGAGACGACCACGCCGUGGAUCCUCUUCAACGUGGUCUCCGACACUUUCUUCCUCAUGGACCUGGUGCUCAACUUCCGCACGGGCAUCAUUAUCGAGGACAAUUCUGACAUCAUCCUGGACCCCAAGUCCAUCAAGAAGAAGUACCUGAAGACCUGGUUUAUUGUGGACUUUGUCUCAUCCAUUCCGGUGGAUUAUAUCUUCCUGAUCGUGGAGCAGGGCAUAGACUCGGAGGUGUAUAAGACGGCUCGAGCGCUGAGGAUUGUGCGUUUCACUAAAAUCCUGAGCUUGCUGAGGUUGCUGCGUCUCUCUCGUCUUAUCCGCUACAUUCACCAGUGGGAAGAGAUCUUCCACAUGACGUAUGACCUGGCGAGCGCAGUGAUGCGGAUAAUUAACCUGAUAGCGAUGAUGUUGCUGCUGUGUCACUGGGACGGGUGCCUGCAGUUUCUGGUGCCCAUGCUGCAAGACUUCCCCUCCGACUGCUGGGUCUCCCUCAACAAGAUGGUGAACGACACGUGGAGUGAGCUGUACUCGUUCGCCGUGUUUAAAGCCAUGAGUCACAUGUUGUGCAUAGGUUACGGUCGUCAAGCUCCGGAGAGUCUCUCUGAUAUCUGGCUGACGAUGCUCAGCAUGAUCGUGGGUGCCACCUGCUACGCCGUCUUCAUCGGACACGCCACGGCCCUCAUCCAAUCACUGGACUCCUCACGACGCCAGUACCAGGAGAAGUACAAGCAAGUGGAGCAGUACAUGUCCUUCCACAAACUCCCAGCAGAUUUCCGACAGAAAAUCCACGAUUACUAUGAGCACCGUUACCAGGGCAAGAUGUUUGAUGAAGAAAGCAUCCUAGAGGAGCUGAACGAUCCGCUCAGAGAGGAAAUCGUGAACUUCAAUUGUCGUAAGCUGGUGGCCUCUAUGCCCCUGUUCGCCAACGCCGAGCCCAACUUUGUGACCGCCAUGCUGACGAAGCUCCGUUUCGAGGUCUUCCAACCAGGCGACUACAUCGUCCGUGAGGGCACCAUCGGCAAGAAGAUGUACUUCAUCCAGCACGGCGUGGUGAACGUGAUCACCAAAGGAACGGUGGGCUUGAAGCUCUCCGACGGCUCCUACUUCGGAGAGAUCUGUCUGCUGACGCGGGGCCGUCGUACGGCGAGUGUGCGAGCGGAGACCUACUGUCGCCUGUAUUCGCUCUCCGUGGAUAAUUUUAAUGAGGUUUUGGAGGAGUAUCCCAUGAUGAGGAGGGCUUUUGAGACUGUAGCCAUUGACCGACUGGACCGGUUGGGAAAAAAGAAUUCCAUCCUAAUGAACAAAGUGCAGCACGACUUAAACUCCGGCAUCUUAAACAACCAUGAGAAUGAGAUGAUCCAAGAGAUUGUGAAGUACGACCGCGAGAUGGUGAAGCUGAUCGACCAUCAGCGUCCGCGCGCCAUGUCCAUGACGCCCUCCAUCCCCGGCGGGUUCUUUGCUCCGCCCGGCCAAUCGCAGGCCAGCAGCUCUGCCAUCGCUUCUCUACAGCAGGCGGUGGCCAUGAGCUUCUGUCCCCAGUUCGGUCCGAUGGUGGGUCCCAGCACCAUGCAGUCGCCGCGAAUGGUCCGACGGUUCCAGGUAUUGCAAAACAUUGCUAGUCCGGUGACGGUUUCUCCUCAGCAGUCUCAGCUGGGGCUUGGUGUGCUCGCCGGUGUCGCUAUGGCCAGUCCGCCGGUUCAAAGCCCGCUAGCGGCGGCGGGUGGACGAACUUUCCAGUACGGGAGCGGCCCGAUGGGCGCACGCUCUGGAUCUCAGCUGUCACUCAUCCAACAGCACAUCCCCAGUCACACAGGGCCCAAAGCUACCCAACCCCUGCAACAAAUAGGCAACCUGACCCAAGACGCCAGAGCCCUGUCGGCUUCCCAACUCUCCCUGCCACAAGAGGGCGCUCCACCUGUUGCUCCCAGCCCACCACCGUCGACCCACGUCUCCUCGACUUCGAUCGGCCCACCUCAAGCACCCCAUCCUGCCAUCCCAGGGCCUUCUGGAGUCCGGAGCGCAGUUCCUCAGAGAAUGGCGCUGCCUCACCAGGCGUCCACCGGCGCGGUUGGGAGUUACCCGUCUACACCGCCCCCUACAGGCACUCCACCCGCAGUAGCGGGGCCGGACUCCGUUAUACGCAAGAAAGAUUCAAUAGUCAGCCUUCCUGAGUCGGACUUCACCGCUAGAUCCCGGCUAUCGUCCAACCUCUGACGAGAACUGUGAGACUAUUUGUGAAACUUUUUGUGAGUCACAGUUUGUUCUUUUUGCUCGAGUCACACGCUCGUAGGGUGGCUUUUCAUAGGAACCAAAGGGAGGGUGUUCAGACAGACUUAAGGUGUGGUCACAUUUACCGAAAUUUUGCAGGCGAAAUCGUUCCAAUAGGAAUCCGUACAAUCUGGAGUUUCGCACACAGUUGGUUUUUAAAAAUCACUGCGUUGACCAGUUGACGCUGCAUGUUUUAAGAGUUCUGUGCUUUAUACAUCACUCCGCUGUUGACGAAUUUCGCUGAAACAUCACUAAUGUGACCUCACCUUUACUGCUACUAGAUUUAACGUCUCGGCUGCGAAUAGAUUCACGAGGACAGAUGCCUCGCUAGUGUAGCUAGUGCCGCCCCUGUACAGCUUCGGAUGCCUCUUAAUAUAUUUGUCUUUGCCGUCUCGAGUGAAAGGGAGAAAUCCUGUCGUGUGUUACUGUGGUGUUUUCCGUAGAGUUCAUACAAUGCAAUCGAGCGACUAAA